UAUGAGUUUUUCUUCCUAAUUCAACCUCUUUUUGAUGUUUUUUAAUGUACAGUUAUAUUAUAUUUGAAUGUUUCGCGGUCCCUUGAUCGGUCACCUUGGCAUUCGGGGACUCCCCUUCAUUCCGCGAUGAGUGAUUUCAAUAGAAUGUGUUUACCGUUCCGCUUCAUUCUAUCUAGCCAAUCAAUGAAGCGCUUCACUUGGGAAUUUUUCCUUGACCURAUCAUGCAAUAAAGGAAACUUAAGGACAGAACAUAUAUACGCCAUGAAAAAAGAUGGAAAUAUAUAUAUUGAUUUUGAUAUAUUUGAUCCGCUGUAUCUUGAUGACUCAGAAUGUCAAWGCAAAUAUCAAACAUACUAAAACGUGUGGUAACGACCAAUUUGAGGUGAACUCUGGUGUCACUAGUGCUUGUCUCGCUUGUCCAAGAUGCCAUCAUGGCUAUGAAUUGUCAGUUCCAUGUGGAAGUGUUGUGUCGAAGGAACGCAUUGUUGUAUGUGUUUAAGGAGAAAGAAGAUGAAGAAGGACACUGCAAYGGAUUUAUUAGUAAGGAGCAAUGACAUAGAAAAGGGGGAAAMAAGGAAAAAAAUAACACGUUAUUCUGGUUGCUUACCAAAUAUUAUUUCAAAAACUAAGAACUCUGAUGAAAAUCACCAAUCAGAUGAACUGGAUGACUUUGCCAAGUAUGACGYAACUAGCGGUCUGUAUAUAUUCAAAAGYAGUGUUUAUAUUCGUCACGAUAAARSCUCUACAACAGAUGGAGCUAGAAACUUAGUUGUGGAAAUACUACAUGAUGGUCCUAUGUACUCAAAUCUUGAUCCAGAUUACGUGUUUAUUAGUCCUAUAUUCAAGUUUUAUUCUCAAGGAACUGAGUUUGAGAAACCUGUUGAAAUUUGUCUCCCGCACAGUGCGUUAAUCGAUUCUGCAACCAAGAACUGGGAUAUCAAAGUACUGUGCAUCGAUGAAAGAGAAAAACACAAAGCCAAGUGGAAGGAAAUCGWUGAUAUCAAUAUUGAAUGGAACAACAUCAAAUAUUAUACAAAAACKYUGCUAACGUAUGCAGUUGUUGSUAAACCCAUCUCAUCAGCCAAGAAGAGAAUGCAGUUUGCUCUCUUUUCAAUGCAAAAAAUGAUGAGUGAUCGUCUUGAGAUGACGCUUUACUUACUGGAUGAAAGCRAGUAUUAUCUUGAUAGAGUGAUCAAAGAAAACAAAACCAAAGGUUGGGAGAUGCUUGGUUGUUUGUAUGCAGUCUUUAUUGACUUCUGUAAUCCUGUUGAUAUCCUCAUCAAUAUUGAAGAGCUGGCUGAACCAUGGAGUUUGGUCCACAUAAAGCCGGACGAGGUGAUCAGCAGUCAGUUGCUUCGCCAUUCCUACUUCAACAUCCCUAUGGUCAAUGCUGUGUUUAGACGAUCUGAACGCAGAGCAAAGACGUUUAGCUGCAACUUUCGUGUGGCGAUUGGGGAUAGUGAGAUCAUUAUUCCUGCUGUGACUUUCGUCCCUGAGGAAUUUUUAUGUGUGUUUGUCGAUGUGCAUAAUGAAGAUCCUUCUUUAUCCGAGAGGCAGACUCUUCUCAGUGAAGUGCCAUACGACAUAAUGUACCAAAUGUGUCGUAAGCUUGAUAUACCAGCCAGAGAAAGAGGGCAAUGGCGGGACGUCGGGCGCCAUUUUGGUGUUUCCGAGGUUGAUCUCCAGUCAUGCUGUCGGGAGUAUGCGUCCCUCGAUGGUAGUCCGUCAAGGGCUUUGAUGGAAAUUAUUUCCUUUCAAAGACCUAAGCUAACUGUUGGGGAACUGAUAAAAUUUCUGGAGGAACAUGGACGCGGGGAUGUGGUUUCUGUCUUGAGUAAAGUCAAGGACUAAAAACGUCUAUUUAGUAUCGCUGCAAACUUUACAUAGCUUUGUUUUU